AUGAACCUAAAAUCAAACUUAAAGGAUCAAAAGAAAAUCCUCUUUGAAAAGGAACAACUCUUAGAAGAAAUUAAAAUUUCGUAUCAAGAAGCCAAGCGAUCUAUUGAAAAGAAAGAAACAGAAAUUAUGAACUUGCGUCUCGAAAUUGAGCAACUCAAGAGUGGACAAGAGUCACUCAAAUCCAAAUGUUCUCAAUAUGGAAAAUCCAACUCUGAACUGGACGAACUUGUUGAGGACUUGAGAAAGAAGAUCAAACAAACUGAAGAUAAAUGGGAAGCCAAGGUAUCAGAAACUAAGGAAAAUCAUCACAAACAAUUGUUAGAAAUCAAGUCAAGAUAUGAAAUGGACAAGACAAGCCAUAUUUCAGAACUUGAAGGAAAGCUUGAACAAAAAGAAAUGGAAAUUGAAGACUUGCAAACACAAAUUUCACGCAUGAACAAACAGAAAGAUGAAAAGAUUGUUGACAGAGAUCUUGAAAAUGAUCGUCUUUUAAAGCAACUUGAAGAAGUUAAAGAAAAACUGAGGACCAAAGAGCGUGACCUCUCGGACAUUACAAAGAAUUACAAGAAGAUUGAAAAGGAAUAUUUAAUGAUCAUGCAAGAUUUACAAGAAAGCCGAGAAAGUAUUACACAAAGUAUUCAAGAAAAAGAAAGAGAAUUGCAAGAGAAGAGUAGAUCGAAAUUGUCAGAGUUAAAUUCGAGCUAUGCAUCGUUGCAAAACAAACUUAAUCUUACUCAAAAUGAACUUGACUCAAUAACCAUGGACUUUGAACAAAAAACUCAAGAGUAUGAGCAAACCAUUCUCGAUCUUCAAGGAAAGUUGGCCAAAGAGCGAAAAGAGAGGAGUAUGCUGGCCAGCAACAAGUCCAUCAUUGAUCAAAAGGAUAAACAAAUUGAAGAAUUACAAAACGAGAAGAUGCAACUGGCUAAAGGUUUGAAAUUCUUAAACGAUAACGUUUAUGUUUUACGGGAUGAGUUGAGACGAUUGAAGAAACAAGUUCUCUUGUAUCAAACUAGUAUGAAAAAGGAAGUUGAACGGGGAGUCACACAAAUGGAAGAUCAAAUUGAGCUCUUUGUCGCUAAAAAAGAAGAAGAACAUCAAACACAAAUUGAUUAUUUCAACAGAUCUCUCGAAAUUUACAAGGAACGCACAGCCAAGUUAGAGAAUGAGAAGAAACGUAGCUUGCAAAACAUGUCAGCACAUCUCGAUUUGGUACAACAUCUUGGUAGAUCUGUGGAACAGGAAGAAGAUAGUUCUAUUUUAUCAGGCAUUCCAAUUACGGAUGACGAUGACGAAAUUUAA